AUGCCACAACAUUUGUGCCACGAACGAAGAAUGCAGCGAACAAGACAGCCAUGUCGACAGCUCAACAGCGAGGGCAUUAAGAGCACGGCCUUGUGGUACCUAACGCCGGUGAUAAGUGGAAGGUGUAGUAUUAUCAGCGCUAAAUGUGUUUGUAAAGUAAAGGAUAAGGCCUUGCCAAAGGCCUGGGCAACAGUUUGUGGAAAGCGAGAUGUGUGCGAUCGUGCAAUAUCAGGUUAGUAUUUUUGCAAUACGCCGGUUUCAGAUGCGAUUUUAAAGAACAUUUUAGUGCAAACGUUUGACGCAUUUUUAUCUUUCUAAUACUGCAGGUAUCCACAACGUGGCAUUUUUCUUUAGUGCUAUAGCCAGCCAAGAGAAAAAAAAAGGCAGUAUCAAUGAGAACACAGACGAGGAGAGUAGUUCUGAACAUGAGAUUCCCAGCUCGUUUUCUCAACAAUGGCUCGAAGGCAAUUUAACGAACGUAAACAAAUCACUCUGCCCGGCGAUUGCUUACUGGGUCGCGUUGACGACCGUAAACGGUGCGCCCGCCAGCCCAAUUCCCGUGCAUAAAGCCCUGUUGAAUUCAGGACUGGAAGUCACAGCAACACAGGUAAUUAAAUUAUUUUCUUACAUUUUGAUAACCCAAGCAUUCCCUUAGCCGUGAACAAAGUAUUCAGCAUGUCUUGAUUCAUUUAUUUCUUUGCUAAUGGCAAAAGAUAAAUCUAUUGGCAAAACAGUACCCGGUUUUAAGAUUUUUUCUCUUCUCGGUUUCUUUGAAAGAAAACCUAACAACAACGACUGUACUUUUGUCUUGUGACACUGCCAUUAUCAACUUGAAUUUUUUAUUUCGGAAUGAUUUUUGUCGUAACAGAAGUAAUUCUACCGUAAUUUGAGCUCAGUUUUCAAUUGUUUCCGUUUUUUUUCUAAUUGAAAAAGUGCUUGUCCCACGGACAAGUCAUGUCAAAGGUUUACCGUGCAAACUGAAUUUCUACCAGUCCCGGACAAUCGGACAUAGGUUUUGGUGCACCCCGAAUUCGUUGUUAAUAAUAGUAAUGAUGAUAAUAAUGACAAUAAUAAACGAUACAAGCGGUCAGUCAGUGAAGAAAGAGGAAACGUAGAACAGGUAAAAUGCUUCAAUUUUAUAUCAUUUAGGUGCAGUUUCAAGAGGGAAAAGAAUCCCCAGCCACAGCAGAACUUUACAAAGUGUUGAAAGAUCACAAAAAUCCUUUUAUGCAAGACCUCGUUAGCUCGUCCUUCAAACACUGUUACCUAGACGAAGCGAGAAAGGUGAUCGGCAAUGAUGGCUUAUGCACCCAGGAGUUGGACGAGUGUGGAACUGAAAAUGUGGUGAGAGUGACCCUGGUUAACCCGAAAUUUCACACGUCCUUACUGAGUGCAGUCGAACUUCUGACCGCAGCUAAGCUACAAUUAGACAAAUUUGGCUUUGAGUCCAGCACGACAACGUCUCAAGCUUCCACCAGUCAGCUAUCCAUGACGUGCGAUGAGGAUAAGAUGCUGUCGGCGGAUAAACUUGCAAUCCUCGUUAACGAUAUAGCGAUCGCCAUGGGAAAACUGGGCUAUGCAAGCUACCGGGGCAAAGUCUAUAAGAAGAAUGACCAAGCCAGAUACACGUAUUCGUAUAAAUGCGGGGAAAGAGCUUUCGUCAACACCCUCGCCACCAACGAGUUCCUCAAGUCAAGACUUCUUCGCGAGAUGAAGAGAGUGAUCGACCUGUUAUCCGAUCCAUUCUGCGAACUUUUUUUGCCGUUAACAAUCAACUACGACCUCAUCGAGGUAAAAGACGGCCGCUGUUGGUCCAUCAGCCGGCGGGACUUUGUUGAAGAUGCCAUUGAGGAGCAACAGGUGGGAAAGAUCUCGCCGAGAGCAUUCUGUUCCUUCGACUCUGCAAGAGAUCCUGAUCCAAAGUACUUUCGAGAAGUCUUAGAGAACAGCCUAAGCCCGCAGGAGGUGGCGAAGUUCUGUGACGAUUUCCUAAAGCUGCUUCUCUACAAUAAAAAACAGCACAAAGACAAGGUGCCGUGUUUGGUAGGCGAUGCCAACAGUGGAAAGACGAGUUUGUUCAUGCCCACUCUAGGCCUCAUCCAUCACGGCACCGUGGCCACGGUGACAAAGCAGAAAGCGUUCAAUAAAUCAAUGAUAACGCCCUUCACUGAAGUGAUAUUCAUCGACGAAGCCACCGAACGCACGCUUGAUAUUGACGAUUGGAAGAUCCUGACUCAGGGUGGGUAUGCCGCCCACGACGUGAAAUAUCAAAGUGCCCGGGCAUUCAUCAACCGCUGCCCCAUGCUGAUCACCUCACAAAGGAAGCUUGAGUUCGGUCCCACCGAUCAGCCUGCCAUGGAGAGGAGGCUAAGAACCUACACCUUCAGAAGCCUGCCCCGGCCAAAAAAGAAGGCGUCCAACUGGAUGAGAACGCAUCCCAUGGAUUGCGUCCUAUGGGCAGCGCAAAAGGCAGAAGAGGCUGAGAACGAGGACGAAUCGGAAGACGAUAGCGACGAGAGUACACAGGAGGAGGAAUCGACCUUUGCCGAAGGUGUGCUGCGCGAAGAAGAGAAGGCAGAGAUUCGGUCAAUGUCACUGCCGGUGCUUUUGGCCAAAGAGAUACCAGCGGUCGACACGUCAGACGAGGAAAAUCCAGAGGACGAGAGCGACGGCGAUUCAGUUUCGUCUUCAUCCUCACAGGCAGAUCGUAUGGCGCAUUUACGAGAUCUCCUUGAGAAGACACAGCCGGGUUGCCUGCGCCACAGACAGCUCGCGCAGAUGCUGAGGACCGAGGAGCACAAAAAAAGGGAAGAAGAAAGGUCACGAGCGGAACGACGCAGAAAGAGGGAGGACUUCCUUCGCUCCAGGGGCGUAUCAAACGCGAACUUGAGCCUGUUACCCGACGACCUCGACGAUCCCACUCCCAGUCCAAUUGCGAGAGAUCUAGAGCGGUAUGACCAAGCACGGGUAGCAGCCGAAGAACACGCUCGUCGAGAGGCUGCCAGAGAAGCGUUUCAGGGAACUUGGUUGAGAUCCACCGAGAAGGAUUUAAAGCGAUGCUGUGAACGGUACCAGGCUAGUGACGACUCGUCGGAGCGUUCCACGUUGAAGGCCUACAUAAAGCAAUUGACAGGCAAACUCAGGGACCAUCACGUUUCUCUGGGAACGUUUGGAGCUGCCGAGGCUGUGGCGGAACGGAGGAGGGUGUGCACGCUUCUCAGCCUUCUGGACCAGCGCCAACAGUACCUGGUCACGAGUGUAGCGGAGAGACUGCCACUUGCCAAUCAGGACGGUGACGGUGUUGAUGUCGAAGAACAACAAGAAGAAGAAGAAGACCUGAGUAUCUUCGUGACACCUGUUCCAAGCUCGAGCACUAGACAGCCGCAUCCGAGUGCGCGUUCAGACCGAACCACAACCACGGAAGCCAGUAAGCGCAAGCGUUCCUCCUCAAGCCAGCGAGUUACCAAAAAACAUUGCCAAAGCAACAAAAUAAACAUGUAUUUCUCAAGUCAAAAGUAA